CGCCCGCCCAUGGACGGCGCGGCGGCGGCGGCCGCCGGGCAGCAGGGCGGGGAGAAGCCGCCCGUCAUCUACACCAUGGAGAACAAGCCCAUCGUCACCUGUGCUGGAGAUCAGAAUUUAUUUACUUCCCUAUAUCCUACGCUUUCUCAGCAGCUUCCAAGAGAACCCAUGGAAUGGAGGAGGUCUUAUGGCCGCGUUCCGAAGAUGAUUCAUCUAGAAUCUAACUUCGUUCAGUUUAAAGAGGAGCUACUACCCAAAGAGGGAAAUAAGGCUCUUUUGACCUUUCCCUUUCUUCAUAUUUAUUGGACAGAAUGUUGUGACACGGAAGCCUACAAAGCUGCAGUCAAGGAUGACAUCACCAAGUGGCAGAACGUUCUCAAAGCUCACGGCUCCGUGGACUGGCUGAUUGUAGUAGUAGAGAGUGAUGCCAAGAAAAAGAACAAAACAAAUAUCCUUCCCCGAACCUCUAUAGUGGAUAAAAUAAGAAAUGACUUCUGUAACAAACAAAGUGACAGGUGUGUGGUACUUUCUGACCCUUUGAAAGACUCUUCCCGUUCUCAGGAAUCUUGGAAUGCCUUCCUGACCAAACUCAGGACAUUGCUUCUCAUGUCUUUUACCAAAAACUUGGGCAAGUUUGAAGAUGACAUGAGAACUUUGAGAGAGAAAAGGACAGACCCAGGAUGGAGCUUUUGCGAGUAUUUCAUGGUCCAGGAAGAGCUGGCCUUUGUGUUUGAGAUGCUGCAGCAAUUUGAGGAUGCGUUAGUGCAGUAUGAUGAACUGGAUGCCUUGUUUUCUCAGUAUGUUGUCAACUUUGGGGCUGGUGAUGGUGCAAAUUGGCUGACUUUCUUUUGCCAGCCAGUGAGGAGCUGGAAUGGAUUAAUUCUCCGCAAGCCAAUAGACAUGGAGAAGCGAGAGCUCAUCCAGAACCAAGAAGCUACCCUGCUGGACUUGCGUAGUUACCUCUUCUCUCGCCAGUGCACGUUACUGAUCUUCCUGCAGAAGCCCUGGGAGGUUUCCCAGCGAGCGCUGGAGCUCCUUCACAACUGCGUGCAAGAACUCAAGCUAUUGGAAGUCUCUGUUCCUCCUGGAGCAUUGGAUUGCUGGGUAUUCCUGAGCUGCCUGGAAGUCUUACAGAGAAUAGAAGGCUGCUGCGAUCGGGCUCAAAUAGAUGCAAAUGUUUCCCACACGGUCGGUUUAUGGAGCUAUGCCACUGAGAAGCUAAGAUCUCUGGGCUAUUUGUGUGGACUUGCAUCAGAGAAGGGACCCAACUCAGAAGAUCUUAACAGAACUGUUGAUCUGUUAGCAGGGUUGGGAGCAGAACGCCCUGAAACAGCCAACGCCUCACAGAGCCCUUAUAAGAAACUUAAAGAGGCCUUAUCAUCUGUAGAAGCUUUUGAAAAACACUACUUGGAUCUGUCCCAUGCCACUAUUGAAAUGUACACAAAUAUUGGAAGAAUUCGCUCGGCUAAGCUUGUUGGAAAGGACUUGGCAGAGUUUUAUAUGAGGAAGAAAAGUCCACAGAAGGCAGAGGUCUAUCUUCAAGGAGCACUGAAAACCUACCUUGCUGAGGGCUGGGCGCUACUCGUCACGCACACGCGAAAGCAAUUAGCAGAAUGCCAGAAACAGCUGGGGCAAAUAGACAAUUAUCUUCAAACGAGCAGCCUUUUAGCCAGCGAUAGUCAUCUAACAGAAGAUGAACGCAAACGCUUCUGCCAAGAAAUUCUAGAUUUUGCCAAUCAACAAACAGAGAGUCAAGGCGAAAAGAUUAUCCUGUCUAUGCACUCCUUUGCACAGUUAAAAACUCUACAUUUUGACCCUCCCAAUGCUGUUGUCCACGUGGGUGGCAAGCUGUCUAUUGAGGUGACGUUGCAGAGCCAGAUGCCCAUCCCGGUGCCAGUGGAUCAGAUUGCCAUCUACGUUCACUUCAGCAUUGAGAAAAACAGCUACAGGAAAACGGCCGAGUGGCUCACGAAGCACAAAACUUCCAACGGGGUUAUCAGCUUUCCAAGCGAGGCUGCCAGCUUUCCUUGGUCGAGGAACAACUUGCCAGCGCUGGAGCUCUAUGAGAUGUAUGAACGAAGUCCCUCGGAUAACUCUUUGAACACGACAGGAAUCAUCUGCAAAAACGUGCACAUGCUACUGCGAAGGCAGGAGAGCAGCACUUCUCUGGAUAUGCCCUCAGGGGUGACGCUAGAAGAUGGGGCUCACAUGUUGAAAUGCAGUGACUUAAUCCUGGAACCAGGGAUCAACAAAAUAACUUUUGAAACUCAGGCCAAAGAACCUGGGACGUACACGCUCAGGCAACUGUGCACUUCCCUGGGAAAAGUGCAGUUUGUCCUCCUUCACAUCUACCCCAUUGCCCAGUACGAUGUGUAUUCUCAGGAGCCCCAGCUCAAGGUGGAACCGAUGACCGAUAGCCUUUUGGCUGGCAUUCCCCAGAAGGUGAAAUUCACGGUGAUCACUGGCCAUUACACCAUGAAGAGUGGAGAUACUUUGCAGCUCAGUAACGCGGAUGCCAUGCCUAUUCUGUACCACCCGGAGAGCAAGGCAGUCAUCUAUUCCAACACGAGAGAAAAGAUCUCGGAAUCAACAUUAAAGAUUCAGUCUUCUGAGAAGAUCACGAGCAUCAGUUUGCCAGUGACUCCUGCAUAUCACGUGAUUGAGUUUGAACUACAAGUCAUGUAUUUGCCAUCAACUCCAGAACCUGCAGUGGAGGGAGAAAAUACUGUAAAUAAGGAAGCUUACGGGAAGAGCAAAGAGAAGCAAAAAGCAGACAGCCACAUGGCUACUGUUGACCAGAAAGUAACCAUUGAUUGUCCGUGGUCGAUUUACUCCACUAUUAUUGCAUUAACAUUCUGCAUACCUUUUAACGCCAAGCAUUCCUUACUGUCAGCUGGCAAACGGAAAUAUGUGCAAGUCUGUGUACAGAAUUUAUCAGAACUCUGUUUCCAGCUUUCAGAAAACAGCCUAACAAAUUCUGUUGACUGUACGGAUUUGCAGCUGGUACCUCUGAACCCGGAUUCUCAACAGGUCAUAUACAGUAAGCAAUCAAUAUUCUUUGUGUGGGAGUUGAAGUGGACAAAAGAGCUUCCCCUGUCCUUGCAGUGCCUGUUUUCAGUCAGCUUUUGUCCAGCUACCUCUGAAGAACAGUCCCUUUCCCUGAAGCCAUUCACUUACGAAUUCCAAGUGGAAAAUUUUUUUACAUUGUAUAAUGUGAAAACUGAAAUUUUUCCCCCGUUGGGGGCAGAGUAUUGUAAAACAGGCUCGCUCUGCUCUUUAGAGGUGUCCAUCACACGGCUUGCGGACCUCUUAGAAGUUGAUAAAGAUGAAGCAUUAACAGAGUCAGAUGGAUAUUGUACAACAAAACUGAUGUAUGAAGUUGUGGACAACAGCAGUAACUGGGCGGUUUGUGGGAAAAGUUCUGGAGUGAUCUCUAUGCCUGUAGCAGCUCGAGCAACUCACAAGGUCCACAUGGAAGUGAUGCCACUCUUUGCUGGACACCUACCCUUUCCUGAUGUCAGAUUAUUUAAAUACCUCCCUCAUCAUUCUGCUCACUCCAUGCAACCUGAUGCUGAUAGCUGGAUUGAGAAUGAUAACUUAUCUGUGGACAAGAACGUGGACGAGCAAGCGGAGAGCAGCAGCCUGAGGAGCCGGAGCAGCUUGCACUCAGCGGCCAGCGGCGAGCACAAGGGCCUGCCCAUGCCCCGGCUACAGGCCUUCUCCUCCGGGCAGGUCUUCAACUGCAGCACGGGCAUGCAGAUACUCGUGGUUCCCAGCAAGGAUGACCACGUCCUGGAAGUCAAUGUCACAUGACAGCUCGGUAGGGAAACCGAGAAAACACAAACCUUUAGGAACUGGAUUUGAAAGCACUUUAAUGGGUUCGUGACCUGAUCAGUCUCUCUUGUAACAUUCUAACUAACCAGACCUAUGGCACUCAACACUUACUGGCCAUGGAAGCACCAGACAAUUGUAUCAAUUCAAAUGUACAGUGAAGCCUGUGUCAGCUAGUUUAUAUUGCCACUUUAGUAUGUUUUGUGUAAGCUAUUGGGUUUUUUUCCCUUCAAUCACAUCCUGCUGGUAAAGAUGCUUGCUGCAGUUGGUCCUUUAUGUAACUUGAGCAGCCUCCAGUUUUGCUGUUUUUAAAAAGCCUGAUAUCUGUUCACAAAAUUGUUUCCAGGUUGACAUACAGUAGGCCUUGCAAUGUGGCUAUAAUUGACUCGUGUGUGCCUUUCCAGUCACACGACUGUCUGGUUUUCUGGACCAGGGUAGCCUUCAAAAUUUCCAAAAAAUAAGGUGUGAUUCUGAAUCCCGUAGCAUUGAGAAGAUGUCAAAGAUUAUAUAUCUAUAUAUAUUUUUUUUUUCCCUGAAGACUAGCUUAAUGUCUUUGUGUCUUGGGAUACAGGAAUUGCCCCUGUCCCAAGAGACCCUUUAGAACCAUCUAAAGCAUCUUGAGCCAUUCACUCCUGCCAUACUUCUUGAAGAUCGUGGCCCUUGAACUUACACCAGUGACGUGGCAUGUGAGUAACUGCAGUGAAGGCUCGUGGGACCAUGGUUUUUUCCCUAGCGACUUCAAUGAGCAGAUGAGCAUCGUGUCAGAUGCAUUUUAUUAUGUGCUAGCUUGUUUUUUUAACCAAAGUUGGGUUUUUCUUUCCUAUUUUCUUUUGCCCUCAUUAGUGUUUACUUCUGGACUGCAGAGCCAUAUUUUUUUUUCGCACCUUAAUUGCAGAGGUUCUAAAAGUAAGUGAUGCCAUUUAAGAUGAAGUUUACUUCUCUGCUUCCAGUCUACAUAUAUGGGAGGAGGAUCAAUGUCCUAGAUUUAAAUCUCUUCUGGUCCAGCAAACUGCAGUCAUACCAUACCAACUGAUUAUUUUUCAGUUGUAAAUUUUAAUGUACAUACGGUUGACUAUUUAAAUAAAGUUACAAAUUAACUGAUGUAUUGUCUGUAUAAGU